CCGCGCUCGCCGCUCGCGCGCCGCGCCCCGCGCCCAUGGACUACGAUCGACCAAACGAACACGCAAAUCUCCACAUUUCUAACCUUUCUACUUCUCUUAAUACUGAAAAACUAGCAAAACCAGUCAACGAAUCGCGCGAUACUAAAAAAUAUGACUGUUAAAGUCAGUUUACAGAACUUUUGCCGAGUUUCCAACACCCUGCACACUAACGAUUGACAUAUCCUAUGAACCUCGCCGUGGAUCCCGCUUGACAUUGUUUUCGUUCAUCACCAUGCAACUCAAAGGAACAUUUUACCAAAACCUAUUUAUACACAAGAAGCGACUGAAACUUUCUACUUGCAACCUUUGAAAACUAUACACACAAUUUAUAAAACUAUUUACACUGUUUUAUAAAUGGUUUUAGACAUUUCUUUAUCCCCCUAAAUCGGUCUAAGAACCUUUAAGAAAAGUUAAGUGUGACCAAAGACAUUAAACGUAAAUGAAAUAUUAGUAAUAGUGCGUGUGGAAUUAUCUAGAAUUUAAAUACCUAGUGUGUGGUUUUAUCUCCUGUGUUAAAAACAAAUUAAGUGUGCCAUUAGGAACUAGUUGUAAACUUUAAUAAUAGACAAUAGUGAGUGUCUUUGUGUGGAUUGUGUAUUAGCGUGCUAUAUAUGAAAACGGAUGAAGAUGCCUUGUAUGGACAUGAAGCUGAAGUGGCCCGAAGAUAAUUCCUAGAUCAAAGAACCUAUGGCUCAGUUACCCUCCCAUUAAACAUUCCUUCUUUCCUCUAUUUCAUAAAAAAAUAUAAAAUACUUUUAAAAACAUUCCACGCUUAUCGUCUUACUCUUCUAUACUUUGUGAAAUCAAAUCUCUAUUAAGAGCAAGAAAAAUAACAUUGAGACUGUUAGAUUAAGAAAAGUGGUAGAUCGAUACGCGCGUGAACCUCUUCGGAGGGCGCGAGAGGCCGGCGCGAUGCGGUCUCACCAGGGAUGUACGUAAUAUAUCCUGCGGACGAAGUAGUUUCCCAAUCUUACGGCACACACUCGCUGCCUCGGCCCCGGCAGCGCCCCACGCUUGACGUCCUCUUCGGGCCGCCGCCGCCCGCGCCGUCCCGCGCGGACCCCCCCCAGGCCCCCGCCCCCGGCCCCCGGCCCCCCCGCGCCGCCUCCCUCCCCAAAACGGCGCCCCCGGAGCCCGCGGACCGCGCGCCGGCCUCGCCGACGCCCUCUAUCGAGCGGCCGGCUAAGCUGCGCGAGCGCACCAAAGCGAGCAAACUGCUCAAAAAACUCGGGCGUCAUGAGGACAAUGAAUUCGGAAAAAUAGUCAGAACCCCCGCUCCUGAUGAAUUCGAACUUCCCGCUCCGCUGCCGACUCCUGCUUUCUCGCGGAAGAAUAUAUUCGACCGCGAUUUCGAUGCACUGUUCGAAGUGGCGAACUCACCACAAUUCACUGCUAAGAUUCGUGUCACCACACCGGAGCCGGAUCGCCGUUCUGAUGUGUCAGCGGUGCACUUCCCCUCUCCCUCCCCGGCCACGUCGUCGCUCAGCCUCCUCCCCCCGCGCCCCAACUCCGCGCCCAGUCCUUCGCCGUUUUCCUUCAGAACCUCGACGCCUUCACCGUCGCCUCAACGAUCGUCUUUUGAAGGUUCAAAUCCAAAACCGAAGAAAGUUAGUUUCUUUCGAAGACUGAGUCGCGCUAAAACCGAGUCUGAACAAAUGCAGCCUCGCACAGUACCGCAACAGCAGUCCAUAGACAUGGCUCUGCGGGAGCUGACGCACCCCGCACACAACGAGCAGCUCAAGAAUCAACAGCAAGUCACAUUCAAGCUAGUCAAAACAGUGGCAGACUUCACGACGCAGCUCUCGCAAAUCUACGACCGCCACUCCUCUGAGCUACAAGUGCUUGUCGCCAAUUUUAGAAAAAAGAACGGCGAGCUCAAGAAAGAGAGAGCAUCAUGCCCAUCUUCCCUUUUCCACACAUGGGAGACGCUACUGCAAGAGGUAGAAGCAGAUGUGAUCGCCAACAACAACGCGGCAACAGCGCUGGAACGCAACGUUGCCGCUCCGCUGGUCGACCGCACGUUCCAUAUGAAGGUGCAGGCUAGAAAGCUGUUCGCGCAUCGGGAAGGAUGCGAAGUCAUUCUGGCGAAGGCUGAUGAUCAACUCACUAAGAGCCGGCAAGACUACCGCGCGGCGUUCGUGCACUACUGCAACAGCCCUAGUCCAAGCGCGCUGGCGACGUAUUACGACUCCCACAACACUUACGUGCAGCAGCUGACUGCCACCAACGCCAUGCUCGACCAGUACCACAAGUACACGCUGCCGACAAUAUUACAGGACCUGGAAGAAAUAUUGACGGACGUCACCGCGGCAGUCAGCGAAGCCAUUUGUAAUGAAGGGGGGAUUAUCACGGAUAAGUCUAACCAGCAGCUACGUCGCUACGAGUCGCUCUGCGCGCAGGCGCGCGCGGUGUCAAGCACAGCGGACCUUGCGCAUCUGGCGCGUGCGCUGCUGACGACGCAGCCGCCGGGGCGCCCGCCACGGCGCGAGUUCCUGCCGCCGUACCCGCCAGAACCUGAUGACCCGCCACUCGAUGUUGCUGCGGAGGUGAUGCCACCGGUGUUACGCGGAGAGAUGCUACUGGAUCGCAUGGGCGGUGGCCAAGCGCGCAUGAGCUACGAGCAACUACGCAAGGACGCGCAAGACCUGGAGAUGCAGAUCAAGCAACUACAGGACGGAUUAGAAGCACUCGCGCGACACCAGGCUCGCGGGUUGGAGACAAACAUGUACAGCAAAGUCAACGAGAUACAGGAGGAUAUAUCUAUGAAAAAAUAUGACUACAGGGCGACACAGCUUCAUCUUGCUGCAGUAAGAGCUCAGAGAGAGCUAUUCGCAGCGAAAGCGGACAGCGGCACAGCAGCAGUAGACCGCAAACUCUCCUCCUCAUCCGCCGGCAGUAUGAAGAACAAGUGGCUGAAAGCCUUCCGCAGCCUGAAACCUCCAAGCGCCCCUCCACCCCACGCUGCGCCGCCAGACAAGAGGAACGGCGCGGGCAGAGAGGCUCUCCGCGGGGACUCGGACGCUCACAACUUCCAGGAGUACACAUACAAGAAGAUCACGCCCUGCGAUGUGUGCUCGCAAGUUCUUAGAGGGCACACCCGCCAGGGGCUCCGCUGUCGCCUGUGUAAGCUCAACGUCCACGCAGACUGCCUGCCGCAAGUCGGCAAGUGCCAGACCAAGUCCCGCUUGCUUCGCCGGCAGAAGAGCACCUCGGAGAUCGAGUCACAUCGCGUGCAGGAGGCCGCUUUCGAUGAAGAUAUGGACGGGUGGCUACCGGGACAGAGGCUCACCAAGAUCUCCUUCAAGGGAUCGGUCGAGUUCGAUGAUGAUUUUGAUAGCUACUAUGAUGAGGAAUCGGAGGAGACGACUUCCCGGCCUUUCGGACAGCCACUUUGUUUCACAAACGAAAACGGUGAUCCUCCGCCCUCCAUCCUUAAGUCCACCGGCAGCGUGCGGUCGAUGAAGAACUCGAAGAGUGCCCAAAUGUUGAGGCAGGCCGACCGCGCCAGUCCCUUACCUGUUUACCCCACCGUCCCAAAGGGUAAGUGCUCAUCAUGCGUGACUGUUAUAGCGCCACACUCGCCGAGACGUCAAAAGUUGAACCUUAGGAUGAAGAGCCUCUCGCUGGAUUCUCCGGAGUGCGGGGAAUUGCGGCGAAGACCCGGGAGAGACCAGCCCUCGCAAAGCAGCCGCGUCCUCUCGCCGUCUUCGCCGGUGCAUAGCAGGCGGCUGCUGAGUGCUCGUGGGGGAAGAAUGAGCAGCGUGGAACUACCCGAUGAGCCUGACAAAAGCCUAUCUUCAAACAGUGCAAGCCCUUGUCCAUCGCCGGUCAAGCAGACUAGUAAGCACCAACGCCUCCUACCAACCAACCUGUACGUGAUCCUCUACAACUUCAAGUCGCGACACGCCGACGAGCUCGACCUCAAGGCGGGGUACAAGGUCACGGUCAUCGACACCUCGGACCCCGAUUGGUGGAAGGGCAAGUGCCUGGGCAAGAUCGGAUACUUCCCCUCCAAAUAUUGCACGAAGCUGCAGGCUGGGGAGCGGCCGCUGCAAGUGACGCAUAAUUUACAGGUAUCUGACGGUGACAACGGCCUGAUGCUGCUCCGCGACCAGAUCGUGAUCCAAGUGGGCGACGAGGUUGAUGGCAUGGUCAUGAUCCGAUCGGGAGAUAAUCGGCAGGGCGUCUGUCCGAUCAAGUUUCUACAAGAGGUGUGACGCUUCCGAAGAUCAAACUACGAUUUCAUGACAAAACGCGGAUCAUUCACCGAAGAAACUCAUACGCUCUACGUUCCGAAACCCAUACAAAGUGCUCCCGUUACUCCCUGCGACAGCGAGACCUCCACCUGGUCCGACCGGGCCUCGUCCAGCCGAGAGAGGCAAUACUACGAACUACCUUCGACCUCCGACACACGUU